AUGCGCUUGUACCGAUCUAUUGCCCUCAUACGACCGCGUCUGCAAACUCGGAACGUUGUUACUGAACAGAUACCCACAUCUUUGGCGCAGGCUUACAUUUAUCCACGGUCUCCGGUUGUGACGUCAAGCAAAUCAAAUACCAAAAGUUCGAAACUAAAAGGGCAGAAAAUCAAACUGCAGAUGAGGAAGAAAGAGCCGAUGCAGCAAAAUUAUAUGAAGGUCCAGCAAACGCGCAAAUGGCAACAUGCGCCGUCUCCCCUGCAACAGCAAAAUCAACAAUUUGUAGAUGUUCGACUUCGGGAAGAGCAACUCCCGGAGUCGCAUUUGGAAAACGGUCUCUUGAAUUCGCCUAUAAUGAAACCUCCUGACAGCGCAAUUCUCACGCAGAAAUCAGUGGGCAAGCUGCAAACGACGAACGAUUUGACGAAGGUUCAAUCCGCAAAGGCAGUACCACUGAAAGUUUUUCUCUUUCCCAAUAAAAUUCCAUCAAUGCCGCCUCUUCUCGUGUCCAAGGUUCUACCUCUGAAUAACUACACAGGACAGUCUCGACAAAAAAACGUUUCUUCUGUGGAUCCCCUUUUCACCUCCGAUAUUCCUAUCCAGCCAGAAACGGCAGGUGAGAAACCUGGAUAUUUUUCUAAUUAUGUCAAUUCUUCUGUCAUAACUGCUGCUUCUCCAGACCGCCUUUCGAAAACCAUACUAAAAAUUUACGUUAACAAUGUACCUGUGGACACCGUUAUUGACACCCGUAAUUCUUAA